ACAGCUCUCCUAUACUCCUUUCCUCAUAGAGAGCACUUUGACCUCGUAAAAUGCACCCUCUCGUCACUCAGCGUAUUCUCAUGCUCGAGUAAAUGGUUAACGUUGUGUGGAUUACGCUAUACCAUUUUUGCCAACGCAAGCGUCAUAGAAAGACAUCUAGAAUUCAGUACCGGGCGCUGUCCAAAAUUGAUGCUGCCGCGUCGCGUCGAAUAUAUGAUGCUCUGCUCGUGGUGCUGAAAUCCUUUGCGCUCUUGUUCUCUCUUUUUUUCUCUCUGUCCCUCGCUCCUUCCAUCUCUCCUCUUUCCCUCCCUUUAUCCUCUCUCACAUUCACAAAACCCUCUGUCAUGGCGUCUUCCAACAAUGUUACCCCCACCAACUGUAGCUGGUGGCCCAUCUCAGCCAUGGAUGAAGACGGUGAAAUUACAGAUAUGGAGAAAAGCGAAGAGUCAGCUAUCGAGUCGAAACCUCAUUUCUCCAAAGACAAGCUUGUUUUGUAUCACUGGACGCAGUCUUUCACCUCUCAAAAGGUGCGUCUGGUGAUCAAUGAGAAGGGUCUGCUGUGUGAAGAGAGGGACGUGAGUCUCCCUAUAGCCGAGCACAAGGAGCCCUGGUUCAUGAGGCUCAACCUGGGGGAGGAGGUGGCUGUCUUCAUCCACGGAGACACCAUCGUCUCAGACUACAACCAGAUCAUAGAGUACCUAGAGGCUCAUUUUGGGGGAGAAACGGUGGCCCAGCUGAUUCCCGAUGCUGGCUCUCCACUCCACGAGCGUGUACAGCAGUACCGUGAGCUGCUGGACGGCCUGCCCAUGGAUGCUUACACCCACGGCUGUAUCCUGCACCCAGAGCUCACCACCGACUCCAUGAUCCCAAAGUAUGCCACCGCUGAAAUACGUAGACACUUGACCAACGCUGCGUCUGAGCUGAUGAAGCUGGACCAUGAGGAGCCCACUCUGACAGAGCCAUACCUCUCCAAGCAGAAAAAACUAAUGGCAAAAAUAUUGGACCAUGACAAUGUCAGCUACCUGAAGAAGAUUCUUGGCGAGUUGGCGAUGGUACUAGAUCAGGUGGAGGCCGAGCUAGAAAAGAGGAAAAUCGAGUAUAAAGGUCAAAAGUGUGAGUUGUGGCUAUGUGGACCUGAAUUUACACUAGCUGAUGUCUGCCUGGGAGCCUUGUUGCACAGGCUUAAGUUCUUGGGACUCUCAAAGAAAUACUGGGAGGACGGCAGCCGACCCAACCUCCAGUCCUUUUUCGAGCGAGUGCAAAAACGCUACGCUUUCCGCAAGGUUCUGGGCGACAUCCACACAACCCUCCUGUCAGCAGUUCUACCUAACGCAUUCCGAAUGGUAAAAAAGAAGCCACCAUCUUUUUUUGGGGCCUCUUUCCUCAUGGGCUCUCUGGGAGGGAUGGGAUACUUUGCCUAUUGGUUUUUAAAAAAGAAAUAUGUGUAGUGAACGCCCCCACCUCCUUGUGUUAAAUGUCUGUGUAUUUGUGUGAUGUUUCAACUUUUCUGUAAUGUUUUACGACAGCAGGAAAAUAUGAAUCUAUAUAGAAAACACUAUUACUUACCUGGGUGAACAAAGAAUAUACAAACAUUCCAUACACAAAGGAAUUCUUAACAGCAAAUCUUUCUGGUAUUCAAUGCCUUCAUCUAUUUAAUUUCUGGUAUAUCGAUCAACUUGUUACUUUCUCAUUAGCUCAUUUUAGAGGCAUGCUUUAGGUUCAGUUAUAUUGAAUUAUCAUUAUGGUCAUAUUCUCUACAAAUGAGAGAGCCAGACAGAAUGUUUUGACAUUGCAUCACCAUACCCAAAGUGGGGCUCAUCCACACCCUGCAUGUACUAGAGUUUUAUUAAAGGGAUAUUUCUGGAUUUUGACAAUGAGGUCCUAUGUCUACUUCCCAAGAGUCAGAUGAACUUGUGGAUACCAUUUUUAUGUCAACGUGUCCAGUAUAAAGGAAGCUUGAGGUAGUUUCGCGAGCCAAUGCUAACUAGCGUUAGCACAAUGACUGGAAGCUAACAGAUACCAUUAGAUUUCCAGUCAUUGUGCUAAUGCCAGUAAGCAUUCGCGCUUGCUAGUUAGCAACUUCAUUCAAACUGCACGCAGCGACAUAAAAAUGGUAUCCAUGAGUUCAUCUGACUCUGGGGAAGAUGAUAAAGUGCCUCAUUGGCAAAAUCCAGAAAUAUCCCCUUUAAUACAAUUUUCCGUCAUUGUUUUGGCGUUCACCUAUUGCCCUUCACUCCUCUGUUGGCCUGGGGUUUCCGUUAUUAAAACCCAGGCAAUUGACAUGAUGAACACUGAUACUGCACUUCUGAUACUUCCUGUGCUGCCAAAAACUGCCAGAUGAGACGUUAGGAUAGCAAGACGUCCAGUCGGUCCCAGUUAGCUCGCUAUCCCUUGGCCAUAACUCUUGUUUGCAGAUCUGUAAGCUCCACGACUACACUGCUUAUACCUACCCAGACCCUUCAGAUAUGCAAACAUUGGGCCAGAGGGAAUGGUUCGGGAGUGAUCUGGGAUCGGCUGAACCAACCAAAUACAGACACUACCUUUAGAGCACCAUGAAAACAUAUGCGCUCCAUCCAUUCAUUCAUUAAUAAAAGGUGAUUCUCAUUUCUCACACCACAGCUUUGAACUGAUCAUAAACUGAUCCUUGAAAGUCAGAGGUAUGAUGGAGAAAUACAAAAAGGGUCAAUUGAGCCCUCCGCAAUAUUGAGCGGAGAAUCAGUCAGUGGCCUUUAACAGUGCCCCUAUAGAGUGAUUAUGAAAUUCUACAUUGUUCAGUUAAAUAGUCACAUGAAUAGCUGACAUCUUUUUGAUUCCAGGAGUUUUAGUUCAGCUAACUAACCUUUUUGUUUAUUUUGUUAUAUGACUGGUAUAACUAGGCAUUUAACCUAAACUUCUACAACAUAAACCUCCUAUAAAACCCCCCGCUGGAGUCAGACUGAACUAUACAAUGUUCCCCUCUAUUCAGGAGUGCUAGCAUGUACACAGACGAAUGUGGAAGGUUAGCAGGGUUUGCAUUGUAUGAUUACAAGGAUUUAUUUAUAUUUAAAUGAGGUCUGGGUAAAAAAGAAACACAGGACAAGAUGCAAUACAGGAAGCUCCAGUUCUGUUUUUCCACAGAACCAGAAUAUCUUUCUCAAGUCUUUCCUCACGUCCUCUCCCUCCUUUUCAAAAUGUCAGAGGGAAUCGAGGAGACAGGGGAGCAUUAAACGAGAAGAGCAGAGGAAUCUUGGAUCUUCAGCUCUAUUUCAAUUGCUUAAACAUCCGUCCACUCCUUGUCAAGGCAAGAGAGACAACUGAGAAAUAUACUUUUUCUUUUCAAGGUGUUUUGAGGAAGAGAAAAGACCUGAGAUUUAUUCACUUUGAGUGAACAGAGUAACUGUGCAGAUGGUUGUUAACAGACUGCACGGCUGAUUACUACUGAGAUGGGGCGUUGGAAGAGGAUUCUGAACCAAAGACAAUGACCAUUGUUUCAUUAGCAAUGUGUCAGCUGUGUGGGAAAUCUAUGUCCUAAAUUGCACCCUGUUCCCUAUGUAGUGCACUCAUGUUGACAAGGGCCCAUAUGGCUCUGGUAAAAAGUAGUGCACUAGGUAAGGAAUAGGGUGCAAUUUUUGGAUUCGGCCAUACCUAAUGGUUUCACUUUUAUUACUUCUCCUUGUCAAGACACACUUGGGGCCGGUUUCCUAGACACAGAUAAAGCCUAGUCCUGGACUAAAAAGCAUACUCAACGGAAAAUCUUAAUUGAAAUAACUGUGUAGUUUAGGACAAGGUUUAGGCUUAAUCUUUGUCUGGGAAACCAGACCUACAAGUUUGUCUGAAAACUGGAAGUUGAGAAGUUACAAAUCAUCGUCACCUUUUUGUUUGUUGGUGACAAAAAAAAUAUUUGGUGCAGAAGAACUGUAAAAACAAAAUGAUUCACAAUAUGUUGAGCUUUGGAGAUCUAUAUAAUGGAAAGAACAUUUGACUCCAGCAGUCACCUGUAUAAGAACAAUAACAUAAAAUGGCACAGGUUUGAAUAUCUUAAGUUGAAGCUGUUUUUAAAGUUAGAAGUAAGCAAGGUAACACAUUUGACAGUUUGCCUAGCACUCAACUAAUACAUACAUUGUCUUUCAUUAUUAGCCAUACAGUAGUUUAACACAAGUGUCUACAAUCCACUUCAUUUUGUUUUUUCUUCUUGCACUAUUGUGGCUCCUCCUGGGACUUUCACUGAUGCAUAAACUGUAACACUGUCUGGGUGAAAUGUCAGAGACCAAUUGAGAAAUCACUUUUCCAUAACCAGCCUAUCAUUGUCAAGGCUUGUAUAUGUUUCAUUAUAACAAGCACCAUUGUCACUGAUAAUUAUCUGCUUCUUACAACUGAAAAAUGAAUCCCUGCAAAUAAGGUCUGUAAUUCAUAUGGCUCACAGAAAUCUGGAGACAAUGAAUUCAUCAAGUUGAGUACACUUAGUCCUUAUUUGUGGGCAUAUUACACAAUAGUAUUUCUUAUUUUUAUAAACAUGCAUUUAUUUAGAGUGCACUGUGUUUGUUCAUACGCCUUAAUUUAUUCAGUUGCCAUCAACAAAAAAUGUGUUAUGAAAUUGAAAAAUAGAAAUUGGAGAAUAUAAACUGUUAUUUCAACACUUA